CAAAAGUUGUCUCUCUUUAGACGGGCCAGACAAAGAGCCAGUCCACAUACAAGUAGUACACAAUGUGUAUUGAAUCUGUGUCUAGCAGAAUAUAUCUUGGACUAUAUUUUUUUAGAAAUGGGACUCUCCGAGUCAAGGUUUAAAGAAAGGGAAGAUAAUAACAAGGAGGCUGAAUCUACCUCUUCACAAGUUCAGACUGAGAGUACAGUUAUCAAAUCAUCAGGACAAGAAAAUGAUCUGUUCAUGUGCAUACAAGUUGACUUAGACAGUACCUUUGGAGCACAUGAAGUAGAGACAACAGAAGAUGGAACAUCAGCUUUUCAGAAGAUAUAUGAUAACUGCAAGAAGAAUCCAGGACAUGCGGAUUUGAUUCCCGUCCAGUCAUUCAGCUUACACCAUUUACCUGAUGGACAUCGCAGUCAAAAUUUAUAUGAUAUGAUCAAAGCUACAGCCGAGCUGACGGUUAGAAUUGGUGUGUCCAUGGUUAGUCCUAAGCGACCUGAGUUUUUCCCUCACACGAAUGUGACGUACCCUUUUUAUAACAAGGGAGGUUAUGACAAGAAUAGAAUAGGAACAGGGGACAUAACUGUCUUCAAGUACAAAAAAGGUUUUGGGUGUGACGCAUUUGGUAGUAAAUAUAAUAGACUUGGGAAAAAAUAUAGGCGAAGUUAUAAAAGAUGUUUGUGUGAUAAAUGUCAACACUCGAAAAAGCCCAGCAAAGUCUGGUGGGAGAUUCUCUUCAACACGGCUACCCACGUGGUAUUUGACGAGAUCGAGGCUGAACAUACUUCCUGCAGAUUGUUUUUUGAUGCGCCUGGAAGUCCAAAGGUCAUCGUGGAUAAGGUCGUCGUGGACUUUGUCAGCGUAGAGAUGGACAUGUGUGUCCUGAAACACGUGACCUGUGACGACACUCUGGGACCUCGCCUGUCUGAGAUCGUCAAAACUCGGGGUGAACUGUGGGAUAAAGUCCGCGAGGAGUACGUGAAUCUGGAGGAUGACAAGUUGAGCUUUAUAGUGUCGCAUCCUCACGGCGGACCCAAGAUGGUCAGCGUUGGUCAGUUAAUAGAGAACUGCAAGGUGGGGGAGUACAACGACAAUGUGGACAUCACCAAGUUGACCUACAGUACGUGCACGUGUCCAGGGAGCAGUGGGGCCAGGGUCAGAUGUGUUGGACUUGAUAGUACUCACGUUCACAAUGGGGCUUUAAAUCCCGGUCAGAAUUACAGCAGUAUUGAUUUCUGUCUCAAAGAGCAUUCAGAACUACAGUCACCUUGAUUUCUGUCUCAAUAUGGUGAGAAUAAGUUUAAGAAGGCAGUACGACCAGCGUGUUUCUGAAGGGAAGAUGACAGUAAUGUCAAGGAAGCAAUAAAUGUAUAACUCUAUUAACGAGCUGUUGGACCAGAUUGGGCCAGAUAUGUAUAGCGAAAUGUUUUUGAAUGUAUAGUUAUUUACUAAUAUGUAUAAACACAAUAAACCAAUGUUGAUAAAUUUUA